AUGGUGGGUACCUGGGUGUCUGCCACAAACUCUAUUCGUGACCUCUGCAAAUCAUACAGAUCAAUCAUCAAAAGAUGGUUUCAUGAUAAGAAGAAACCACGAGGCCACAACCGAACAAAACAGAAACCUGUUGAAGAUGGCAAAGUCACGAAUGGAAUUGGCUGCUUCGUAUUCAAUUUGAGGAGGAACGUCGGUGAUCAUCCAAUGAGUAGUCCAAGAGGAUGUUGUUUAUAUAGGCAUAGAAGUUCAGAUAGUUCGUGCUUUCCUUGCAUAUAUUCUUCGUCUCGAAAUGCAAGCAGAAAACCCGACCAGACAUCGAGCAAGAACUAUGAUUUUAUGUCUGCAGCUUCUUCAUUGAACAGAAGCGGGAAUUUAAGAUCAAUGCCUCCUCAUCUGAACUCAACGAAUGCCAGCAGCGGCAGGAGCAGCAACCCAAUCAUGUAUUCCAAUUCAUCUGGGAUGCUGAAACCCCCACCAAUCGAGAAAAAACUGGAAUGCACUCUGGAAGAGUUGUGCUACGGAUGCAAAAAAAAUAUGAUGAUCACAAGGGAUGUCCUCACAGAUACAGGGGGAAUAGUUCGAGAGGAAGAAUUGCUAACGAUAAAUGUGCAACCUGGAUGGAGGAAAGGAACAGAGAUUAAAUUUGAAGGAAAAGGGAAUGAGAGACCAGGAGCAUACAGAGAAGAUAUAGUAUUUAUUAUCUCCGAGAAAAGACACGAGUUAUUUAGAAGAGACGGGGAUGAUUUGGUAUUGAGAGUUGAGAUUCCCUUAGUAAAGGCACUUUCUGGGUGUACCAUAUUGAUUCCACUGUUGGGUGGAGACCACAUGAAUCUUAAACUUGACGACAUCGUACACCCUGGCUAUCAGAAGAUCGUCCCCGAACAAGGCAUGCCUAUCUCCAAAGAACCAGGAAACAGAGGAAACUUGAUUGUUACGUUUCGAGUUGUGUUUCCGACACAUCUCACAAGUAAUCAAAGAUCAGAGGUCGUUCGUAUUUUACAGGAUUCUUGA